AGACAUUAGGUUGUCCAAAGUGUGCAGCCUAGUUGUCCAAAGUGACAAGCCCUUGAUGUUUUCAUCCAAUGCAUUUGCCAUGGCUUAUGAUUCCCGCUGCAUCAUCUUCCAGAAAUGCAUGGGCAAAUUGUUGGAAGGUGCCUGCCUCCACGGAGACAUGGAAAGACUGCGGAAGCAGCUCUUGGCCUUGGUCGAGUUGCACCUGGCCGACCUAUCUCAUUUGAAGAGUCAACAAUCCUUGGCCGCGUUCAGCGAAACACUGUUUGCCGACAGCCUGAUGUUUAUGGACGGUGGACAACUUGUGGAGACAUUGCAAGCUCAAUGGGAAAUCAGCUGCACUCAUGGUUACAUCAUCACAUUGCUUCGCACCAGAGCCCGUCUUGUGGAAUAUGAAAACUCAGAUCUUCAGCAUCUCGUUGGGCCAAUCGUUCACGCAACAUAUGAUUUGGCAAUCCUUGAUCUUGACAAGGCUGCACUUGAGCAUCGGGUGCGUUUGGCAGCAAGAUCUCGCUCUUUGAAAAUAGCAUGUCGAAGAGCUUUGUGCUGCGUGGUGUUUGCGGCACUUGGUACAUUGCUUGGCAGAUUUGGCAGAUGAAAUUCUGGCACAAGUUCCUGGGUGCUUUAGAGUGGCAAAGGAAUGGCUAAGGAGCAUACGGGACUGCCACAGUAUGCCACAGUAGCAGCUAGUAGCUGUAUGAGUUUCACUGGAGAAUUGCUGGUGGACAUGACACUUGUCCAUGUGGAUCGUGUUUGCCUUGAAACUCUAAAAAUUGGGUGUCCGUCAAUCACUUUGCGCGACUCCUGUUGAUUGCUUGCCAAGACUCUCCGAUGGGAGUGUUGAAGUCCUGCUUAGCCAUUUGGCUCGACGCUUGUGCAGGAGACAGAUAGGAAGAAAGCCUUGAGCGAUGGCUGUUGGAGAGCCACGGUUUGGGAAGAGUGCCAAUCCCUGCCAACAAAGUUCAGAAUGUUCAGACGAACAUCCAAGUCGUCUCGAGUUGCAGACGCAGCCCGAGGCUCCAAAUGCCAUCGUUGAGCAUCAACAGUACGCUUUGGGAUUCUGCACAAUUAAAGUCUUUGCAGCAAGGACCGAAGCUUUCUACAAGGCCUUGCGAGACAUUGCCCAGUACCUGCCACCAGAAGGCGAUUCUUCAAUUGAGGCCAUGCAAAUGGUCACAGCACAAAGGAAAUGGAUGUUCGAUGUUGGAUGCGCUGUAGGGCAGGUGGUAGGUACCUUCUACCAGCUGGAGAAGAAUACUUUGAUGGAACUUCAAGUGAUGUGGGAGACGGGGCAAGGAAAUUUGUCUGUGAAAGGCAUGAAAAAGAAUUUCCGUGCAACAAUCAAGAAUUUGAUGAUGUUGACAGAAUAUCGCAAGGCAGCGCAAGAGAAGAUUGACGAGUGCAAGAGCUUUGCCAAUCAAAUGGUGAUAUGGAAAGGACAGGAGCACAAGAUGCAGCAUGCUGUGAUGGAGCUGUUGGGAAACUUUGGUGGCGGAGAGCAGUGUAAGGCACUGCUGCGUGACUUGGACACGCGAAGCAAGGACCUCUCUGCAGCUCUGGAAGAAGAGAAGAAGGUAGCAAAUCAGGUAGCAGAGCUUAGCGGCAAAAGGGAGGAGCUCCAUUGCAAGUUCCUUGUCUAUGACAGCAUUGCAGCAAAUGAAACGGGCUCGUUGACUACCCUGCAAGAGCGCGCCAAAAAGGCAGAUGAGAUCGCUGCCCAAAAGGAAGUGGACGCAGCAGAAACCAUGGAGAGCACGCGCUGGGGCAGGCUAGGCAGGUGGUUUAUGGAGUGGACUGACAGCAAGGUCGAUGUAGCAGCGUGGAGGGCAGAGCGCUUCAGAAGUAUUGCCAAAGCUGCCAAACAAGCCCUUGGAGAUCAACAAUCGCUGACACAAAUGGCCGCUCAAGAGGCAGGUGUUGUAAAGGGUGAGCUCACCACUGUAGAGGUGAAGCUGAAGGGGGCCAAGGAGAAAUUGAAAGAAGCUGCUCAAGCAACAACAGAUGCCAGGAUUCAACUUCGCGAAUUGAAAGCACGGUGCCAGGAGUUGAGGAAAACAUUUGGUGGCCUAGACCUUCAGCAGAUUGGCUCGUUGAGGGACCACAUGCAAAACUUCCCUGAACUUUUGGGAGCACAGGGCAUGGAAGACCAUGGCAUGUUUGCUUCAAUGGAAGGUGCACUGAAGCAGCAUGAGCGGUUGGUGAACCGUAUGGAAACAUUCCUGGAAGAGGAAGAUGAUCAGGAGUGCAUCAGAAUCUUGAAUAGUUUGCGCUCGGUCAUUUGCAAAGCCAUCGAUGAUGCACAGUUCUUUGCUGAGCGGCUCAAACCUCUCCAGGACAAGAUUGUGGCGCGAAUGAACGCCCUGCCACUGCCAGAUGCUGAAUGCAAGGCAGCUCCUAAGCCCAUGGAGCAUGAAGAGCAUGCUUCCAGUGAUGACUGGGAGCGUGUGACCUUGUCUGCAGACGAUGCCUUGUGGUGAGGCCAAUUACCCUGCACAUUUGGCGCAGAGUCGGCUAUAGCAGUUGGUUGAGACUGCAAUGUGCAGCUAAGCUCGACAUGCGCGGCAAAGUUCGCUAUGGCUCGUUCCCAAAUGUUUUGAUUUUGUUCCUUAGGUCCUAAGGUUUCCUGCAGCUAUCGUGUACUGAAGCUAUGCGAAGCAUAAGGUUUCCUGGCCCAAGAGUAGUUUCCGGCUCAAUGUAUGUUUAUUGUAACCCAAAUGUCAUAGUUACUUGCUUGGACAACUUGAGCUAUGGAAAUUGUUCUGAUAAAUGUGUGGAGCGUUUCGCAGAAAGCUUUGCUGGAAAAUCUAAUGCACAUCGGGUUUGAAAUGAUUCUAUCUAUUGAUUGCAUGUUUCUCUUUCAAGUUGUGGUUCGAUAGGUAUGGCUGAGUUGGGAUCCCAGGAAGGACGGUUUGAUUGGAGGAUUGCAUCAGAAGAUUAAGGCCAUGAAAGCGUUGCAUCCAUAGGGUUGUAGCUUUAAUGAUGUUUGAUGAUUGGGUAGUAGUGCUUGGCUGGUGCUUGGAUGUUUCGCAGGUGUCCGAUUCUAAUUAAUUUGCUUGUGCGAAGCGUAUCAUGAGCGUCCAUUGCAAGGGUGAUUUGGCAGGGCAACAUUGCAUGGAGUCAGCUGUUAAGUGAGGUUCCUGUGUGGAAGGGCGGACAU